AUGCCCGAAAACAAACCAUUUCAGCGUCUCCCAAAAUGUGUGGUACCAAAACAUUACGAUUUGCAAUUGGUGCCGAAUUUGGAGAAAUUUACAUUUAAGGGUAAAACAGCAGUGAAAGUAUUGAUCGUGAAUCCAACGAACGAAAUAGUUCUUAAUUGCUUGGAUUUAGAAUUAUCGAAUGUGAAGCUUCAGUAUCUCGAGGGAGGUUCAGAGUCAACGUUAAUCCCAUCUGAAGUACGUCUAAGCACGGCUGAUGAGACUGCCACCAUUGUUUUUGAUAAACAACUCGUUGAAGGCGAAGCUACGCUACACUGCGAAUUCGAUGGUGAGAUCAAUGACAAGAUGAAGGGUCUGUACCGCAGCAAGUAUGUCACGCCGGGUGGCGAGGAACGCUACGCUGCAGUCACGCAGUUCGAAGCGACAGAUGCGCGCCGAUGUUUUCCUUGCUGGGACGAACCAGCUAUUAAAGCCACUUUUGAUAUCACACUUGAAGUGCCAUCCGAUCGUGUAGCUUUAUCUAACAUGCCUGUCAAGGAAGAAAAAUUGAAUGGUGCUAAGAAGAUAAUUCAUUUUGAUACAACACCUAUAAUGUCAACCUACCUUGUGGCAGUUGUUGUUGGUGAAUAUGAUUAUGUUGAAAAGAAAUCUCGUGAUGGUGUAUUGGUAAGAGUUUAUACACCUGUAGGUAAAAGUAAACAAGGGUUGUUUGCCUUAGAAGUUGCAUCUAAAGUUCUUCCUUAUUACAAGGAAUAUUUUGACAUAGCUUACCCUCUGCCUAAAAUUGACCUAAUAGCGAUAGCAGAUUUCUCUGCUGGUGCCAUGGAGAAUUGGGGCCUGGUAACAUAUAGAGAGACUUGUCUUCUUGUGGAUGAAGAACAUACAUCAGCUGUGAGGAGACAGUGGAUAGCUUUGGUAGUUGGCCAUGAGCUUGCUCACCAGUGGUUUGGUAACCUUGUGACCAUGGAGUGGUGGACCCAUCUUUGGUUGAAUGAAGGGUAUGCCUCUUUUGUGGAAUUUCUGUGUGUUAACCACCUGUUUCCAGAAUAUGAUAUUUGGACUCAAUUUGUUACAGAAAAUUAUAUCAGGGCCUUAGAAUUGGAUUGUCUGAAAAAUUCACAUCCUAUUGAAGUUCCAGUAGGUCAUCCCUCAGAAAUAGAUGAAAUUUUUGAUGACAUAUCAUACAAUAAAGGUGCAUCUGUAAUCCGGAUGUUGCAUAGAUAUAUAGGUGAUGAAGAUUUCCGUAAGGGCAUGACUAUUUACUUGACCAGACAUCAGUACAAAAAUACAUUUACAGAAGAUUUGUGGGCUGCCUUAGAAGAAGCAUCCAAUAAGCCUGUUGGGGCUGUAAUGUCCACAUGGACAAAACAAAUGGGCUUUCCAAUGGUUGAGGUCAAUUCAGAACAAAAAGGUGCAGAUAGAGUACUGACACUAACACAGCAGAAAUUCUGUGCAGAUGGCAGCCAAGGGAAUGACACACUCUGGAUGGUUCCAAUUACAAUAUCCACUCAGGAACAACCCACAAAGAUAGCUUUAUCUACUGUAUUGGAAAAGAGACGACAAGAGGUUGUUUUGAAAAAUGUCGCUGAGAGCUCUUGGGUCAAACUUAAUCCUGGCACUGUUGGAUAUUAUAGAACACGCUACCCUGCGUCAAUGCUGGCACAACUAGUAACGGCCAUCCGCGACGGUUCGUUGCCACCGCUCGACAGAUUAGGCCUCCUUGAUGACUGCUUUGCGCUAGUCCAGGCUAGACACACGCAAACUGCUGAGUCAUUGAAACUCAUGGAAGCUUUUAGUAAUGAAACAAACUUUACAGUGUGGUCUUCAAUAUCCAACUGUAUGUCCAAACUGAGUGCCUUAUUGUCACAUACACCACUUGACAAGCCCUUGAAGAAUUUUGGACGAAAGUUAUUUUCAAACAUUACUCGGCGGUUAGGCUGGGAUGCAGAGGAGAAGGAAAGCCAUCUCGACACCUUGCUCCGAAGUUUAGUUCUUAACAAAAUGAUCAGCUUUGAGGACCCAGAUACCAUAAAGGAAGCCAAGAUCCGGUUCGAGCGGCACUCGCAGGGCGCGGAGCCACUGGCGGCGGACUUGCGUUCGGCGUGCUACCGCGCCGUGCUGGCGGGCGCGGACGAAGCCACGUUCGAGCGCUUCCUGGCGCUGUACCGCGCCGCCGACCUGCACGAAGAGAAAGACCGCAUCAGCCGCGCGCUCGGCGCCGUCAACGACCCCGCCAUCCUCAAGCGCGUGCUCGACUUCGCUAUAUCGGAUGAAGUGAGAGCGCAAGACACCGUUUUCGUAAUAGUCUCUGUGGCUGUAACCAAAAAUGGUCGCGACCUCGCCUGGCAGUUCUUUAAAGAUCAUUGGCAGCAGUUUAUGGACAGGUAUCAGGGAGGAUUUUUAUUGGCGCGUCUGGUGAAGUCUACGACAGAGAACUUUGCGUCGGAGAGUUGCGCGCAGGAGAUCGAGCAGUUUUUCCGCACGCAUCAGUCGCCUGGCACGGAGCGCUCCGUGCAGCAGGCGCUGGAGACGGUGCGCCUCAACGCCGCGUGGCUGCGCCGCGAUCUCGCCUCUACCACCGCCUACCUUCACUCCUACCACUGA